AAUCUACGGGACGCUCGCCAAACGGUGAGGCCAUAGUAACGCGUCUGCGUCCGCGAACGCGAUGCGAUCAAAGGAUUUCCUGUUGUUGAUAUUCUGCUUUGCGGGCUCGCACACGCGGACGCGUCGCUCGACGCGUUUACUAUGGCAGCGCCCAAAGAAAAGUCGUCAGUCACUCACGGCAGAUCGCAUCCUCAUCUCUCGCCGACGAGAUUUGGAUUUACGCGUUUUCACCUCGCGAGUUUUUUGGCAGCUUGCGCUACUGCUUUGCAAUGGUGAAGAAAAGUGUGAUUCGUACGUGUUGAAGGUUGAUUGAAAAUAUUCCAAGCUGCAUUUUAACAACACUGGGCAUUUCUCUUCGGUCUCGAUUGAUUGUGAUUUUUAACUAUCGGGUGUCGUACGUAUAUCAAAAGUAUUAUUACUGAAUUCUGCGGUAACGGGAAAAUGAAUCUUUUGGCGGAUGGUGGUGAUGAGAAUUUUCGGUGACGAUUGCUUCCCAGCCUACUGUUUGCGGUGCGUGUCAGUGAAAUGAAUGGAAAAAGUGUAGCGAAAAACAGAAGAAAUUAAAGAAGCGUGAAAUGGAAUGAUCGAUUUUACCCAUCGUAUUUAUUAUUGUGAUAAAGAAUUCAAGCUAAAAAGUGCGAUUGCCUAAUCGUUGAGAAGUUUAGGGGAAAAUAAAUUAUUGCUGGCGAUUGUCGUCGGAAAGUGAUGCCGAAUAGUGUGUGUCACCGAAGAUUUUGCAGCGGCUCCUCUCCUCAUACGGUCGUCCGUCCGUCGAUUCGAAAAGCAUUAACGCAAGAAGAAGGAAAAAAUUGGGCAGGAGAUUUUCACUCGAGUUUAGUGCGGUGAAUUCGUGCUGUAAAAGUGGAAUUUUCCUGGGAAAAACCAUUGCUGGUGAAAGUUUACCGGGUAAGGAUUGCCCGUGAUGUGAAGUUUCUAACGGGGAAGUGUAAUUUCAGGUGUAAAGUUUGAAAAUAAAUCCGGAGAAAAGUGUUGCUUGGAUCGCUGACUUGCACAAAUCACGCACACAUUGACACGAGGGGAAUCGAGAAGAGUGAAAAGCAUUUUACGUUGUAAGUCGCGCACACAAACACAAAAACAAGUGCUUGCCGUUUUUUUCUUGACGGGACUUGGCGCUGGUGCCGCGGUUCGAAAACGGUACCAAAUUCGCUGCGCCUGGCCUCUCUCUAGUUGUGUUUGAGAUUCGUACGUGGAUCAUCGAAUCCGUGUCCGGAACGACGUACGGAUGUGUGCGUGUGUAUGAGUGCCCCGCGCCGUAGGGUCAAGUGAAGCGCCUGUGUUCUUCACGAAGAGUGGCUUGUGUUGUGCUUAGGCCGUGUUGUUCUUCGCGAUUUUCAUGUGGAUUAUCCCCUUUGAAACACAGAGUUCUGUGGAAUACCAUUGACUUGUGAUGAUAGUCAGCUGAUUGCAUUUGCCUGAGUGAGUCCUGAGUCGGCAACUGUACCAACAUCAUCUGAGAAGAUGGAUGAACCACCGCCACGUAUCGAACCGGUCGUGGAACCGGUGAACGGCAUCGUUCAACCUCCGGUAAUGCCCCCACCGGAGCGACCCGGUCGACUAACCAACCAACUGCAUUUCCUACUUAAAACGGUAAUGAAGGCCGUCUGGAAGCACCAAUUUUCCUGGCCGUUCCAGCAGCCGGUAGAUGCGAAAAAGCUGAAUCUUCCCGAUUACCACAAAAUUAUCAAACAGCCGAUGGAUUUGGGAACCAUCAAAAAGCGGUUAGAGAACAACUAUUACUGGACUAGUAAAGAGUCUAUCCAAGACUUUAAUAUCAUGUUCUCAAAUUGUUAUGUGUAUAAUAAACCCGGCGAAGAUGUUGUCGUUAUGGCACAAGCGUUGGAGAAACUAUUUCUCACCAAGGUGUCCCUUAUGCCUAAGGAAGAAGUCGAAAUGGAAGUUCCGGCAACGAAGGGUGCAAAGAAAAAACCAGCACCUCGACAACUUGCUCCUCCCGGAACCCUAGUCGGAAGCGUGCCGCCUGCUCCGGCUGCUGUUGUGCCACCUCCAGCGGCCCCUGCUGCAGCUGCAACAGUUGCGGCAAGAGCACGGCCUAGCUCUGCUCUUGGUAGUGCCGUUACUUCAAGCGUUCCACCAACAACUGCACCCGCAACGGCUGCCCCGGUAGUGCCAACUGUUCCACCAAUUGGUACCCUGCCUCCACAAACCGUGCCCGGUAGCACAAAUACUACUACAACAGCAACACCGACGACAGUCAGUGCAGCGCACAAUGUCCUUGCAACACCGGUGACGCCAGUGGCAACGAAACCGGUUCCUCCGACCACUUCGCCCUACAUUGUGAAUAGUUCACAGUCCGGAAUUGAAACGGUCUUACCUCCCCAGCAACCUGCUAAAGUCAAAAAGGGUGUUAAAAGAAAGGCCGAUACAACGACACCUACCGCAACAGCCUACGAUCCACACUAUGGCCCCAAUCUGGACAUGAGCAAUCCCAAGAUCGCUACUCGAAGGGAGUCCGGACGACAGGUAAUUAGAAAGGAAAUUCCACCAUUCCCGGCAUCAACGUACCCUAUUUCGCCAUAUCAGGGCUCGGGCGCUGCUCAGAAUCCACCGAAGAACAAAGAGAAGCUUUCGGAUGCGCUCAAAUCGUGCAAUGAAAUUCUGAAAGAGUUGUUUUCCAAGAAGCACUCUGGUUACGCGUGGCCAUUCUACAAGCCGGUGGACGCGGAACUGCUCGGUCUGCAUGACUAUCAUGAUAUUAUCAAGAAGCCAAUGGAUCUGGGCACGGUGAAACGAAAAAUGGAUAAUAGGGAAUACAAGUCAGCCAACGAAUUUGCUGCUGAUGUUAGGCUUAUAUUUACCAAUUGCUACAAAUAUAACCCUCCAGAUCAUGACGUUGUCGCAAUGGGUCGGAAACUACAAGAUGUGUUUGAGAUGCGUCUGGCAAAUAUACCGGAUGAGCCGGUAAACAAUAUAACGCCUAAUCAGAGCAAGGAGACGGACUCCUCGUCUUCUAGCGAAUCGAACGCAAGUGAAGACGAUUCGGACUCGGACGAGGAAUGUAAUCAGAAGUUAAAAAUGCUAGAAAAGCAACUGUUCGAAAUGCAGGAACGCAUGCGAAAGCUCGCAGAGGAAGCACUGUUAAAAAAGAAGGCCAAGAAAAAGAUGAAGGAAAAGAAGAAACAAAUGGCAUCUGGAGGUGCUAGCGAAGUCAAACAAGGCAUGGAAGUGCACGCCAAUCCUCCACAUCCUGCUGCCACUAAAGCAGUGCAUCAGGUCACAGGUAUCCCAGCCCCACAAAUUACCAGUGCCGUUGCAACUCCCGCAAUUCCUCCAGCCGUUACUACCAAAACGAAAACGAAAGGCCAACGAGCACCGAAAGCUGGAGCCACUCCCAGCGCACCUGCCAAGCGAGCCAAAGGAGCUGGUGCCGCAGGAGCCGGGGCAACGCGGGGUCCCAACAAAAAGAAGGGUUCGCAAAAUGUUCCACACUUUGACUCAGAAGAGGAAGACACUGCAAAGCCUAUGUCUUAUGAUGAGAAAAGACAAUUAUCGCUCGAUAUAAACAAAUUACCAGGUGACAAACUCGGUCGUGUUGUACAUAUUAUCCAAAGCCGAGAACCGUCGCUGCGUGACUCCAAUCCUGAUGAAAUCGAAAUCGACUUCGAAACUCUCAAGCCAUCAACGUUGCGAGAACUGGAGAACUACGUCGCUUCCUGUUUACGCAAGAAAACCCGUAAGCCUUACUAUAAAAAAGUGUCCGGUAAAUCGAAAGACGAACAAAUGGCCGAGAAAAAGCAGGAGCUUGAGAAACGGUUGCAGGAUGUUACCGGUCAGCUGGGAACGGCUAAGAAAAAUGCAAAGAAGGCGGACGAAGCUGCGAAGCAGGACGUUGCACCGUCGGGUGGAAACAUUUCAUCCAGCAGUAGUUCCAGCGAUUCGUCAUCGUCCAGUUCCAGCGAUUCCAGUUCUAGUGAUUCCAGCGACAGUGAAGCAGAAUCUGGUCGUCCACCAAAGAAAAAGAAGAAAGAUUCGACUUCACCUCUGCAGACUCCCUCAGCCAAUCCGACAAUACCUGCAACAACUUCUACCAAUACCGCGACCACCACAGCACAGAACAUUGCAGUGUCGUCGGUGCCAUCCACCGUUCCUAAUAGUAACUCUUCCCUUCCUAACACUGCGUCGACUACAUCUACAUCUGCUACUGCACCCCAAGUGACGUCCCAAACCCCAUCAACUCCAUCCGUAGUUCCUUCAUCGACACCGGCAGCUUUAACGACAACGAUACCGGCUGGUCCUACUACGCCAAAUAUCCCGAAUGCGAUUCCAACCUCAACGUCCACUCCGAAUGUCGUCCCUCAAGCACAAACGACCACAACCGCUCCAACGGCACAAUCCACCCCCAUACUAUCGCAAACAUCUCAGCCGACUUCACAGUCAAGCCUACCAUCAUCGGCAUUACUCGAUAGCAGUGGUGUUGUGAAUAACAGUCUAAGUAACAACAGUAGCAAUUGCAAUAACAAUAAUACUAAUAACAGCAACCAAGUUCCAUUGCCAACACCGUCACCAAAUACGACAACAAUGUUACCUUCCAAUUUGUUGUCCACUAGCAGUAAUAGUAUGAAUAACAUCAACAAUGUUACACAGCCACCGCAACAACAGCCCAACCAACAACAAUCUCAAUCCCAACUGGGUCAGCCUAGUAAUAAUGGUUUAUCGUCCAGUAAUACCAACGGUAUGAGCAAUGCGCUUAACAUACCUACUUCGCAGAUAUCCGCUGGCUUAGCGGCAAUCAACAGUCUCGCCAACAUGGCCACCGCUGGCAUGCAGCAACAAAUGCCCUUAACUCAGCUUCCGAAUCAAUCGUUAGGCAAACAACCGGUGAAUCAAUCAGGACACAUGUCCCUUCAGUUACCAACGGGGCGUGUUCCGGCAAAUAACCCACAGGUGCAUGGAAUGGCUAGCUUCAUGGAUCCACUGGAGCAUUCGUUGGCUUCAUUCGAAAAGGGUGAUCCGACGGCUUUGGGAUUGACAUUACUUAACGACCUCAAACACGAGUUUUCCGCAAGCAACUUGCAGGCCCAUGCGAAUCUACUACCAUCACUUGAUAUGAUGACACAUUUGCAGAACCAGAUGGUGCACUCCAAUAACGGCUUUAACAAUGACUUCAAUGGCAAUGGACCACUGAACGGAAUGGGAAGUCUUGCAACCAGUGUCGGAAUGAGUCAAAUGCUGAUGAACUCCAUGGCGAACAGCAAUCCGAUGUUGGGCAAUGUCGGCAUGUUUGACCCGUUACAGAACUUCAUGCGACCGUCUAGUUACCAGAACAAUCCAAAUUUGAACGAUCGCACUAUUGAUCUGACGGGAGGUAGCACCAGUGCUGCGGUGGCACCAAAGAAGGAAGAAGGCAAAUUUAUGCUAACUCCCAAGCCAAUCGAAGACCUGCUGAUGAAUCCCAACGACAAGAAAAUGAGCGGUACGCCUCCGGACGUAAAGGGUAAUUUUCCGCAUUCGUUCAAAGCGUCGGGUCACGAUCAGAACCUAAAAAGUGCGUGGUCUCAGCUGGCAGCGGCCGGUUCGCCACAGAGCACUACUACCUCAGCCAAGCCGAAACCAGCGAUGGAUACGUUCCAGGCAUUUAGAAAUAAAGCGAAAGAAAAGUUGGACCGGCAGAAGUUUCUGCAACAGCAGGAGCUGAAGCGCUCGCAGAAAGAACAGGCCGAAAAGGAACUCAAGCGGCAGCAGGAGCAACAGCAGAAGGUCAAACAAGAGGAGAUCAACAACGGGCGGAAAGUAGCAGCAGAACCAAUACCCACUCGGGUGGUCGAGGAAAUCAAAGCGUCUCCACAGGGAAGCCCCUCCCCGGCAACUCCAACCACGCCACAUACUCUGGAUAGGUCAGCUGCUAAACGUGCAGAACUUAGAAAGCAGGAGCAGGAACGACGUAGGCGAGAAGCGAUGGCCGGACAGAUCGAUAUGAACAUGCAAAGCGAUUUGAUGGCUGCUUUCGAGGAGUCUCUGUAAGGACAGUCUCAUGGCACUGUUUAAGACUACUUUUGAUUCGGGUUCUCCAUGAAGGUUUUGGCACCAAUCCAAAACGCCCUGAGCAUACCACCGAGAAAAAAAAAACUACUGUACACUAGAGGAGUUGAAAAGUGGUUGCUUUCUUUUUUAAAACAAUUGUGUUUACGCUAGUUAAGAAUGAGACUAGUGAGAAUUCCCAUCACCAAACGGGAAAUGCAGCAGAUCAUUGAGACAUUGAGAUCGUAAUUAUUAUGCAAUUAAGUUAGCGACAUUAUAAUUUGUGAUAUAACGUAAAAAUAUUAAAAAUAUAUAUUUAAAAUCGAGCAUAAGAACGUAAAGUGUAACUUUCAAGAGUUAGAAGAAAGCCUCAGCAUGCCCCUGUGCUGAUGAGCGAGCGGCUUUAGCGUGUAAGAUGACAACGAUUAUGGAUAUAAUAAUGAAUACGCAGUUCUGAGACUCAACUGAGAAGCGGUAGGGAAUGCAGACGUGACUUUUUUGCAAAUCAUUGUUAGUUCGAUGUUGACAUGUUAGUAGUAAGCAAUUCGCUAAAUAGCCAAAAAAGCAAAUAAAAAUGAUAUUCAAAACAAAACGUAGACCCUGUAGUUUACGUUUUUGGCGGCAGUUGAGAUGUGUAUAUGUGUUUUCCAGCGAAGCAAACUGAGUUGAAUGAAUAUUUUUCUGUACAUUUGUUUUCCUUAAAAUUCACGUCGCUUCGUUACAUUUGUUCGAUAUACAGUGCGAAUUGAUGGCAAUUUUAGAAAUAUACUGAUAUAACAGGACUUCUUUUUGUUUAAUUUCUUUAUAAGCAUAGUGGUUUUGGCUAUGGUGAUGCUGGCGGGGUCACGUGGUGGUAUUUGCCUAGGUUGAAAGUUUUGAAAUCUUUACGCGAACAAUUAGCGUGCAUUCAAUGUUGUAUAACAUUGUUCUUGUUUGAAUUGAAUAGAAAUCUGUUUAUUUGUUCAUGUCUAGCAUUUUGUCUUUAAUUUGGUUUUUAUUUCCUUUUCUAUAUUGUAUUUUAGCCUAUUAUUUGGAGUUUGAUCAGAAUAAAAAGACUUGAGUCUAGAAUGGAUAUGACAUGACAACUACCAAAUCUUCUGCAUCAUCUCGUUCGCUGAUAAGCUAUGAAGGGUCAGAUUGUGUCAUUUCACAGCGGGUCUGGGUCAUAUGAAAUAAUGGCCGUUUGGCAAAGCGGCACAAAUUU